CUCCCCUAAGCAAAGCACUUGAGCGGUGUAAGCGGAUGUUGCAUAAUGUGAUUAUGGGCUGCUCCAAACCGAGGAACGUGUCCCACUUGCGGCAUGUUACACACGGCUGCCUCUGUUCUUUCAUUGAGCAGAAGCUGUGAUGCUGCUUUUAUAUUCCUGGCAGCUGUCAAUUGCUAAAGCAGAAGAUUAGGGAAUUGGGGCUUUUUUUUCUUUUUUUUUUGGUAAUGAAAACCUGUAUUGCUUCCUCCCUCUUAUGCCUUCAGCUCUGAAGGAGAUUAUUAUUUCCUCUGUCUGAUCCCAAACCACCACUGUAACUCACAUUACAGUAAUUUGCGCGUAUACGUAAGCAGGAUUUUAAAAAAUUCAGCCUCGAAAGCGUAUGUAUGCGGCGUAUCUACCGCGGAGGGAACAUGGCGGUGAGGUCCCGACUCGUCUCCAGCACCAGCCGCAUUCGCCAUCAGGGAGUGAAAAAAAUGGAGCUGUCAAGAAGAGGAGAUCAAAUCACGCAGAUAAUCUUGAUAGUCUGUGCCAAGAAGCAGAAACAUGCUAUCGGCUUAGACUCCCUGAGGACUUCUACCAGUUUUGGAAGUUUUGUGAGGAACUAGAUCCUGAGAAACCAAGUGAUGCACUUGUGUCAAGUGUUGGACUUAAGCUGGUUGGACCAUAUGAUAUUCUUGCUGGAAAACACAAAACAAAAUCAACAGAUGUAAACUUCAAUCUUCAUUGGAGAUUCUUCUAUGAUCCCCCAGAAUUUCAGACUAUACUUGUUGGGGAUAGCAGAACACAGUAUCACAUGGGAUAUUUCAGGGAUGUGCCAGAUGAGCUCCCAGUGUGGGUUGGUGCAAAUGAAGCUAAGAAGGGUUGUGUGAUUUCACAAGUCGGUGAUAAUGUCUUUGCUGCAGUCAAAUUAUUUUUGUCAAAAAAACUUAAGGAAAUGGCUGAUAAAAAGAAAACUGCUGUUUUGAAAGACAUAGAUGAAAAGCUAACAAGAGCAGCAAAGGAACUGGGUUAUUCUCUGGAACAAAAAACUCUGAAGAUGAAACAGAGAGAUAAGAAAGUGGUGACCAAAGCAUUUCAUGGAGCAGGCCUAGUCGUUCCUGUAGACAAAAAUGAUGUUGGAUACAGAGAACUUCCUGAAACAAAUGCUAAUCUUAAAAAAAUUUGCAAGGCCAUUGUUGAUGCUCCGACUGAUGAAGAGAGAGUGAAAGCCUUUGCACCCAUUCAAGAAAUGCUGACCUUUGUUCAGUUUGCUAAUGAUGAAUGUGACUAUGGAAUGGGGUACGAGCUGGGCAUGGACCUGUUUUGCUAUGGAUCACAUUAUUUCCACAAGACGGUGGGCCAGCUGCUGCCCCUGGCUUACACCCUGCUGAAGAGGAACCUCUUCGCCGAAAUCAUCGAGCAGCACCUGGGCAACCGGCGGGAGGAGGACCCGGAUCAGCUGGUGCCCUGAGCCGGGCUCGGGGGCUGCAGCUGGGGGCGGCCCUGCACGCCUGGGAGUGGGCUCGUCUUUGUGUGUGUGUGUCUGUGGGUCUUUUUGUACCGGUGGCAGUGUCCCCUGCGGUCAGUAAAGGUUUUCUAAGGAACGUGCUGCUUCCCGGUGCUGGCUGCAGGUGGGCCCGGGACAGGGAGUGGGGCUGAGGCGCUGCGGGGCUGUGGCACUGCCCGGGAGGCACACCUGGGCCGGGGCUGGUGCUCUCAGGAAGCACAGUGAGGGCGGGCCCCUAUGCCUCGGUCACCACCGGCCUGUGCCAUGGGCAAACGGAGUCACAGGUCUCUGCUGCGGGUGAUGGUUCUGCCCUUCUGCGUUUCCCUGGUUGGCUCCCACCCCUCAGGUAAAGCAUUCCCUUACUGCAGCAUUCCCCUGUGGCAGAGCACUGUCCCUGCUCCUACAUUGCUGGAGCUGGCUCAAGUGGGAGGAAGGAAACUAAUGGGAUGAAAGAAAUGCGAACUGAUAUUACAAGACAAAUUGGGGAAUUCCACUGCUUGUUGCUACCUUGCUAAUCAGAAGAAGCCAUCUCCAGUGUUUUAAACAUUGAAAAAUUAAACCCAGGUGAUUUUGUACAAGGUGCAAAUAAUUUUCAAGGUCCUUACCCCCAGUUCUGUGUUCUUGUUGUUGCACUUGAAGGUUUAUUCUCAGGCAAUUAAUUAAAGUAACAGUCCAGAAACAAUGGAAAGUAACAUUGGCUCUUGCUCAACAGCCACCAUCCAGUGACUUGACUUCCACUGUAGCAAUUCACAUCAGUACUAAUGACAGCGAUGCUAAUUAUUACUGCUAAAGAUUAUAGGCUACUAGCACCAUGUUCAAAUAUAAGUAAUUCCUACUCUUUUAAGCAAAGGAUUGACAGUUAAAUGUUACUUUAUGGUAGAAGGGAGCAUUGAAGGUACAAUGUAGGUUAGAGUGCUGCAAAAGUAUUGUGAGUUUCAAAUGUGUAAGGUAAGCACAUGCCACACCUACUUGUGUAAAUUUGACUUCACCCCUUUCACUCACCCUUUCACUCAUAUUAAACUCAUGGAAUUAAUGUUCUAAUUAUUCAAGCACAAACAUACAGACACUCAUUCAUAAGCCCAGAGUUUUGUUUUAUACAUGUAAAAAAAAAAAAAUACUUUCCAUCUCAUUCUCGUCUUUGUUUCAAGUACAGGAGACCUUUAUACUAAUGCCCUGUAAAUCAUACAAGUACUAAAAAAGUAGAAUCAUAGAAAGUUUGCACUGGAGGGGACCUUAAUAAUUCAGCUUUUUAACUGUUACUUUAAUAUGAACUUAGAUGUGCAAAAAUGGGGACCUGAGACUGGCCAUCCAUACUCAUGUAUUAAUCCCUGAUGGAGAAGGAAAUCUGUUACAGUAGCUGCAAAAUGACUGAUGUGUGCUGUGUAUCAUGAAAUGGGGACAGACUUUUUAGCAGGGCCUGCUGCACUAGGACAAUGAGUAAUGGUUUUUAACUAAAAAGAGUAGAUUCAGACUAGAUUAGGGGGAAGAUAUUUUUUAUUAUGAGUGGUGAAAUACUCAAAUGGAUUGUCUGGAGGGGAGAUACUAUUCCUUGAAGCGUUGGGUGGAUUGGACCCUGAGCCGCCUGGUCUAGUGGAAGGUGUCCUUGCCCAUGACAGGAGGAUUGGAACAAGGUGAUCUUUAAGGUCCCUUCCAACCCAGGCCAUUCGAUGAUGUGUACAUCAUCAACAGAUGGCUUUUAGACAAUAAAAGGAUCAUCCAUUUUUAACUAUAUUAAAUACAAAUAUUUUGUUUUAAUUCUAUAAUUAAAUCAAAAUCUUAGGUGAGGUAUUUUUCUAAAAUAAACAUUUAAGGCAGAUUGGUUUGAUGAGGUUGAUUUGGCUACGGAUUUGUAACCGGAUACCAGGCAGUGCAAAUACUGCAUCUCCUCAACUCCAUUCUUUAUGUCAAAUCUUACUAGUUUUGUAUGUAAAAUUCCUAUAUGUUAAUUUUCUCUCAGGGAAAAGAAAUGCAAAAAUCAACACAAAUCUUGUUUGUGAAAACAAUGAGAAAACAUGACAGAACAGUAAAUGGUCAUACAGAAGUUUUUAAUGCUUGAUUAAAUCAUCACAGUAAUAAGAAUUUUUACUGUAAUGAUAUGCAGUUCUACCACACUAUUAUAAAUAAAAACAUUAAGAUCAAUAUUAAAUACAGCUCUAGGCAACAUCACAGAUUAACAAAGAAUGCAUUCUUCAUGAGCCAUAUUUGAAUGAUUUAAAAAAUAAAAAAAUGCUGACACUUUCCCAUCCCAUCCACCACCUUUUUUUUUUCUUUUUAAAUUAGUAGCUUGAGUAAGGCGCUGCAAAUUUCACGUUAGAAAUUUUUUGCUGCACAGCACAGGCACACAUACUUCAUUAACAGAACCUCUACUGUAUGUUUAUCAGAAGACAUUUUAAAUGUCAACAGGGAAAGCUUAGCAGGUUAAGAAGGGUAAACAGAGAUGCACAAUUUAUGUGCAGCACUCAGGAUCCACACAGAAAUGAAACACAGCAGGAGUGUAAACUGUAUUUUAAUUCAGACAGCAGUCUCUAGAAUUAGGUGCAAGUUAAUACAGUACACACAGCAGUGUUUUACAAUAACAUCAGACAUGGCAGAGAUUUCAAACUGAUUUAAAGUGAUUUUUGUAUGUGUAGUGAGUUUGUAUUCUUCCACUGUAGAAAAAAACCCCAGAAAUCAGUGUCACAGACAACUUCCAGAGCUUCCUUCUGUCAAUGGGCCAAAUCCUGCUCUUUUUGAAGUUUCCUCUUCUUCAGGCUUAUGUAAUGUUACAGAGCAAAAUUUUAACAAGUAGCACUGACUUCACAUGGAAGAGUACAGCUCGUUGUUGCCAUACUCCCAUUUUAACAUAGCCCAAUUCCCUGUUUCAUUUCCAAACCUGUUUUUAAUACAGGGCCUGAUCACUGUGAUCCCCCUGGCACAUUUCACUUUCUACUGGUUCCAGUUGCUGCUAGAGGUGAGAUGAUAAAAUGUAGAUGGCAGUUUUUCUACUAGGAAAAAUCAGUUAAAAUUUAACAGUGCACUUACUUAAGCACAGCCAUUUUUGUGCAACUCACCAAAAGUGCCAGAAUUUUGGUUCAUUGUGUUAUUGUACUUAAGAUAAAAUCAUACUGAGUACUUCGUGAAUAAAGAUAUUUGAGGUAACUGUGACGAAUGCCUUAGAGAUAUUUAAGGUUAUUAUGUUAGACUUUUAGUGUUUAUAUUCUUGUCAUUUUUGCAGUCUUGUGAGCAUAAUUGUUAAAAGAAAGAAAUUUUAUCCAACCUCAUAUUACAAAAUAGGAUUUUUGUCAGCCAGGUUUCUUAAUUUUUUUCCCUAAUUUAGGCUUGUAGCAUAUUGUCAUUUUUCCUCUGCAUGCAGUUCUGGUGAUGGUGUGAUAAAAUGAAUAGGAAACAAAACAAUGUACUGUAAAGAAGUUAGGGGUCUGUCAGCUCACCUCCGAGUGUGUGUGUGUGUUGCUGCUGAAUUUUAAAGUCCUGCCAAAGUUUCAAGUAUUGGGUUCAAUUCUGCCCUGCUGCUCAGGUGUGACUACAUAUAAUUUACACCUUUAUAAGCUUGGGAGAAAAUGAGAGUCAAAAGCAAUUUAAUAGCUGCUUUCUCCUUUUAAAAUUUUAGUUUUAAAACCCUGCAGGUUUGUUUUUUUU